CGCCGGGGUCGGUCGGACGACGGAGGCUGCACCUGCGCAGAGAGAAUCCUCGGACUGCUCAGGGUCCGGGAGAGCCCGCGGUCAGGCUGAGGUAUAUCUCCAUGAAUAACUUAAAUGAGCCUCCAAAUUGGAACAUUCGGCCUAACUCCAGAGCUGAUGGGGGUGAUGGAAGCAAGUGGAAUUAUGCCUUGUUGGUACCAAUGCUGGGGCUGGCAGCUUUUCGUUGGAUUUGGUCCAGGGAGUCCCAAAAAGAAAUAGAAAAGGAGAGACAAGCAUAUUAUCAGAAAACAGCUGCUUUCCAGAAGGAUCUUGAAGCCAAAUACCAUGCUGUGAUCUCAGAAAAUCGACGUGCUGUUGCUCAGCUGUCUUUGGAACUUGAAAAGGAGCAAAACAGAACAACUAGUUAUCGAGAAGCUCUUAUUUCUCAAGGGCGUAAGUUGAUGGAAGAAAAGAAGCUCCUAGAACAGGAACGGGCUCAGGUAAUGAAAGAGAAGAGCCAGCUGCAGCCUCUGAGGGGGGCGUAUCUGAGCUGCCUGGAGGAGCAGGAGGACUGGCAGCGACGAGCUCGGCUGAUGCUGCAGGAAGUGGGAGAGGCUCUCGCUGAAAGGCAGCGCAUCUACUGCAGCCUGGUCCUCCCCCGACGUGCCAGGCUGGAGCUCGAGAAGAAGCUGCUGGUGCGUGCAUCCAUCGACCCCAUAGCUGCCGACUUAGAGAUGGCAGCUGGCUUGACCGACAUAUUUAAGCGUGAUACAUAUUGUGGCGAUGUAUGGAACACCAACAAAUGCCAAAACGGGAGUCUCAUGUGGCUGUAUCUCAAGUAUUGGGACCUAGUUGUCGAAUUGAAGAAGUUUAAGAGUGCAGAGAAGAUUAUACUAGAGAAGUAAGACAGAAUGAAAUAAAACUCAAGGCCAAAGACAGCCUUCUGUUGUGACAUUCUGGGCCCUCUGAUGUUUCGUUUCCUGCCGCCUGUGUCGUAGCCACACGACGCCUCCCUCAGCAGCAGCUCUGCUCCUGCCUCUCUGAGCGGCACCGCAUGGCCUCAGCUGACGCAGGGUUUCCUGUAGAUGCCCUGCAACUAUGAAUGACUCGCUUUCUCUGAAGCACUUUCCUGAGCUGCUAAUAUUUAGCAGAGUAAUAUAACCUUGUGUUUUAGCUUUAUGGUAAAAGUUUUUAAAAGGUCUGACACAAUAUUGUUCCUCAGUAAAAGCAAUUUUCUAUCAGGUUCCAUUUUCCUUUCUCCCUAAGCAGAUUGCCCUCUUGAGUUAUUUUCUCCUUCUCUUUUCCUGAAGUUGUCAGGUGCAUGUCAGGCUGGCUUGCAGGUGACAGUAGGAAAUAAUAACACCCUCAAGGUUUUGCAUUGGACAGAAGAGCGCUCUCGUUCACAAAGGGAAGAAGCGCCAAGGGUUUAUUGUAUCCAGUUAUUACUUAGUAUAUUUUUGGAAUUUAGCUUGUGUCUGUAUUCAAUAAGCAGAUGUUUGUUAGUAAUGGUAUAUAAUAAAAAAUACAUGCCAUUUAGAAUAGUAUCAAAAUAAGUAAAUAAAA